ACCUUUAAUCCCCUUUUUUCCAUUUCCCAAUUUGUCAUAUAAGCUUUGCAAGAGGUUUUGUUGUUUCUUUUUUUUUUAUUAAUUUUUUGGUUUUAAGAGUCUUCAUUACUUUAUUAGAAAGGGUUUUUUUAGCGCUAAGUUAUAGUAAUACUCCGUGUGUCGUUUUAAAUUUUUUUUUUUAAUCUUUUAACGGUACACAAACGAGGUUAAACAAGAGCACCCAUGUGAUUAGAAAAAAAGUUUACUCACUUCCUUUAUUUGUUGAAAGUUGGGUACCUAUUAUCAUAUCUUAACUCGAUACGUUCCAGAUGUGACCCAUUGCGAGAUGCGUUUGUUUUUCUGGGUGUUUAGAGAGCUUCAAGGGAGCAGGGAUGAGAAUCAAUCCUAGAAUUUCCUGAAAUUGGGAGAGAAGAUCUAACCACUUGAGCUAUUCUCAAUCUCACUCGACAUGUGUUCUUUGAAAUUGAACAACUUUCCCCGCUUUGGAACUUUUUUCAUGUGUACUCUGCGGUCACGGUACUCUCCUUCUCUUUCCUCCAUUGACGCUGCUUCUGAGUCUUUAGAUUUUAGAUAAUGAGCAGCAUUGAACAUAGGGAGGUUAGCAAUACUAGAGGAAAACGGCUUGGCCGAGACGAAGACGAGGAUGAUGAAGAUGAGGAUAAUGAUAUGUCUGCUUGGGAGAGAGCCUACACUGAUGAGAGAUCAUGGGAGUCUUUGCAAGAAGACGAGUCUGGGCUACUUCGUCCAAUUGAUAAUAAGUCCAUGUACCACGCUCAAUACCGCCGACGUAUCCGUUCCAUCUCUUCUACCUCAACUUCUGCUCGAAUUCAGAAAGGCCUUAUUCGAUAUAUCUAUGUUGUCAUGGAUUUCUCCAGGGCAGCUGCAGAGAUGGAUUUCAAACCAAGCAGAAUGGCAGUUGUUGCCAAACAUGUGGAGGCUUUCAUAAGAGAGUUUUUUGACCAGAAUCCACUUAGUCAAAUUGGUCUUGUGGGGAUUAAAGAUGGCAUUGCUCAUUGCUUAACGGAUAUGGGUGGUAGCCCAGAGUCUCAUAUUAUGGCUUUGAUGAAGAAGUUGGAGUGUUCAGGGGAUGCGUCUUUACAGAACGCCCUAGAACUUGUUCAUGAAUGCUUAAAUCAAAUUCCAUCAUAUGGUCAUCGCGAAGUUCUUAUUUUGUAUUCGGCUCUUAGUACCUGUGAUCCAGGUGACAUAAUGGAGACUAUUCAGAAAUGCAAAAAGUCGAAGAUUAGGUGUUCAAUAGUAGGUCUUUCUGCAGAGAUGUUUAUUUGCAAACAUAUAUGCCAGGAAACAGGUGGAUCAUAUGCUAUUGCUUUGGAUGAGUUCCAUCUGAAAGAGUUGUUGCUGGAGCAUGCACCACCUCCUCCAGCUAUUGCUGAAUAUGCAACUGCUAACUUGAUCAAGAUGGGAUUUCCACAAAGAGCGGCGGAAGGUGUGGUCUCAAUAUGUGUAUGUCAUAAGGAGGCUAAGGUUGGUGCUGGAUACACCUGUCCUAGAUGCAAGGCUCGUGUUUGUGAGCUGCCCACAGAAUGUCGCAUAUGUGGGCUAACACUUGUUUCUUCUCCCCAUUUAGCAAGGUCAUAUCAUCAUCUCUUCCCAAUAACACCCUUUGAUGAGGUGUCUUUUUCAAAUGGGAAUAUUGCGGGACAGAAAUCACUCGAAACAUGUUUUGGAUGCAUGCAGAGUCUGACAAAUCCUGGGACUGGAUCCAUUUACUGUGUUAAAUGCCCAAAAUGCAAAAAGUAUUUCUGCAUUGAUUGUGACAUUUAUAUUCAUGAAAGUUUGCAUAAUUGCCCGGGCUGUGAGAGUUUAAGACAUUCCACUCCAGUCAAUGCUGGUGUAUAAUGAAAGACCUGUACUUUCUCUCUCCCCCUAUGACGAAUGUUAAGAUUUAUCUCUUUAUUGCUGCUGGAGCUGACUGUAGUCAAUUGGUUUAGUUGCAUCUGUUGCCUCUGCAGCCACUGCCUCUAACACCGGAUAAACACAUUUUUGUAAGCCUUCAGGAUUACAUAUUGUUUGGAUCUUUCAUCUGAUUUUGAGUCCUUUCACCCUGAUAUAGUCUUCUCCACAGAUGUAUGCUGUGAGCUGAGGUCUCGGUCGUGAUUUGAAGAGAUAUUACAGUUAAGUUAUAUGGGCAAUGUGAUUUCUCCCGGUAACAGUUCUCUUGUAUACUAGUAUGAGUUAUUGACAGUAGUCUGACUAGUCAUUAGAUAAUGUUAAAGAAAAUUUUGUCUUGAGAGUAAAAAGGGGCAUGGCCUCGGAUUGGAAGAUCCAAUAGAAAUCGAUUUACAUUCUUUAUUCCC